UUUCUCUGGCUACUCUGUUUUAAAUUUGUCUGUUUAACUACAGUGACCUUGUUAUACCUGAAUCAGGUUUUCAAACUUGGGUUUUAUUUUUACUGUGCCUUGCAAUUUGUUUUUGUUGUUGAAAACUGGACCUUUCUUGGCAAAAGUAAUUCAAGCAAGCAGACCUCUAGCAGUGUGAUCCGUGCAGGCAGAGAUCAAGCAGCCCGAGUCCUAGAAGACCCUGGGAAUCUUGUCCUAGCACCUCCAUUCUCAAGUUCCUUUCCCUCUUUACGUGAGUUUCCCCUCUUGUAGAACUUGUGUGUCUGGUCUCAGUCAUCCAGCGAUGUGACCUUCACCAGUGCUUCUCAGUCUUUACCCAGUAGGUAGAGCGGGGUGACUCCAGUGAACCCCCAUCCUCAGGCCAGUCAGUACUGUAUGAAAGCCCACUAGGUUAGGCUCUUGCUUAAGGCUCCUGGGGUGGACUUUGUGAAGAACCAAGAGUGCUCUGGGUGUGUUUCAGAAGGUGGCUUUCCCCGCCUCCUGUCAGACGCACAGCUGAGCCCUCUAGAUAGCAAGCAGAAGCUCCUAAGCCCACCACCUGGAAUAGGCCUGCUCCCAGAUGCCUUGUUUGUGCCUCGGUUGUUUCUUUCAGAUACACCAGCCAUUCCUAAUGUUAGACAGGCUUGGGUUGAGGCUCAGGGAGAGAGAACAGAUCUAUAAUAAAUAUAAUGUCUUAUUCCUCAGUGCUACCCAUUUCUGUCCUGCGUGUGCUGCUUAGCUCGACAGCAGACAAGACCUGCUGAGAAGCAGAUGGAAACAAGACUGCACGCGUGUAUGCUGGGUUUGUUGCAGGGGAGUGCUGGCAAGUGCUGUUGCUGACGGCUGUAGUGGAGAAGUGGGAACGGACUGCCCUGGUCAUGAGCUCUACUAGCCUUGGUUCAUGGGCUUUUCCAUGUCUCCAUGUUUGCCCUUAGUUAUUUGUACCACUUUGGAACUGAGAACUGACACAGGUACAUUCUGUCUGUUCUCUGUCCAAGCUUCUCCAUUCUGAGUCUUGGGUACAUUUCUCAAGACUGUAGUGACCACAGUCUAGGAAGACGUCGGGGCGAGUGUGAAGAAAAUUACAUCAGCCUAGUCGCUGGUCUGCCAUAGGUGGCAGCUGGCUCUGUCAGUUACAUUGGUCAGUUUGCUCUUUUUUUCCCCCAUUCCCCUCAACUGUACUCUUGAGAUGCUGAAACUUCAACUGCCCAAGGGAUUUGUAAAGAAAGGGAGGGAAAUAGCUCAGUGUAGUGUUUCAACUUCCCAAACUAACAGUCGGUUUGCUCUUGUAUUUGGCAUUCAGAAUGCCCUUGGCAUGCCAGUCUGUGUGAUGGCAUUGAAGUCCUUGAGACCGAUUUUAUUAACCAAAAUGGAUACCACCCCUUAUAUUUUAAAUGAAGCCCACUUUAUUUUUAUCAAAAGAAGAAACUCUUAAGAGUGUGUGGGAGCAUUUACCCCGGGACCGGGACUUUAGCGCUCGGAUUUGUGCGCUAACACUGUGGGAGCAUCAGCUGUGAUUUGGGCUUUCCUCCCCCCCUCUUGUCUGCUGUGGUCCCUGCUCCCAUCAGUCGUGACUCUCGUUCUGCCCGUGUCUCAGAAUGGGGUUGGGAGGGUAAUUUGUCCAGGGACCUCACUGUUCGGAUGGGGCUGUGAAAAUGUUGGUUUUUAAAUAGGUUUUUGGUUUGGUUUGGUUUGGUUUUUGGAUUUCCGAGAGAGUUUCUCUGUGUAACCCUGGCUGUCCUGGAAUUCACUCCGUGGACCAGGCUGGCCUCGAACUCACAGACAUCCUGCUGCUGCCUCCUCACUGCUAGAAUUAAAGGCUUGUUCCACCACCACCCAGCUUACAUAGGAUUUGACUUGGUAAGGGAGUGACAACUUCCAAGCUUUGUGCACACUGGACUAGAAGCCAGAGGGUUGAUGCUCUAUACUGAAGGAGUCCGCAUAUGUCAGGAUGUUUGCCUACUGUUCCUUCUUGCAGUUCUUUACUAACCCUGGUCUCUGAAAAUUCUUAAUUUUUUUUAACACUAACAAUUUUCUUUUUUAAAAAUGGAAACAUUUUACAUAGAGUAUUAAGUCUUAAGUAUGUAUCUUGAUACAUUUUCAAAGACCUGUCUCUACUCCUAAAAGAGUAAGUGGAGUAAUCCAUUUCUGCAGUGUCCUCUGCUCCUUUCCUCAGAAGACCCGGUUCCCAUCUAAAAUCACCAGUUCCAGCUUCCAUCUGCGGGAUUAGUUUUCACAUUCUGGGGUGACAGAUAAGUGGAGCCGUCACUGUGGCAGCUGGCUUCACUCGCUCAGAUACCAUGGGCUUUAGCCACAUUGCUGUCUCCGUAGCUUCUUUUAUUAGUAAGGCCCCACAACUAGCUUAUCCCAUCACCUGUCAAUGAAGAGUUGGGCAGCUUCCAGUUUGGGGGCCGUCAGAAAGAAGGCCUCCAUGGAUGUGUACACACACUUUUUAUAGAUAAGGAUCCUCAUUUCUCUCGGGCAGAUGAAUACUGAGGUGAGAUCGGCGGGGUAAUUAGUGUGAGACAUGUGUUUAUGAAAAGUCUUAAUUUUCAGUGCUACUAAACCACAUUAAUAGUUUCACUUUUUCUUGGCUUGACAGCUGUGGAAAUGCGAGUCACGGUGUAAUUUUGACUGAUGACGGCAUCAGCAAAUAACAGAUGAGUGCCAGCUGCAGGGCCUUGGGCGGAGUCCGUGCCAACCCCACGGGGAGCGCGGCAGCUGCUUCGGGAGCGUAACUGAUGCUUGUUCCCGUGGAACUUAGCAGCUGCUGCUGCUCCAACUAAAUUUAACAACUACGGGCAACUGAAAGCCAUUUUACAAAGUAUUCCCCAUAUAGUCUCUGUUACAGAGCUUGGCAGAGGGCUGUGCAGGGACUGGUUCCCUGUUGUAGAAGUGUCCUCCAUGAUUCUCAAUGCCCUGGUCUUUCCUUCUUGUGUAUAAGAUUUAUCAAAACUUAUUAAUGUUAUAAAGGAACAGGCAGAUAGUAACAUGGUAUGGGCUUUGAGGAGAGUUCAGCCCACGGGGCAGAGUAGCUUUCUGUGAGAAUCCACGUGUGACUCAGUUUCCAUCUGGAGCCUGUUCUUAUUUAUACGUCAUUUCAGUUCAGGUUUGCCUACUCUGCUUCUCCAGUGACCUUGAGGUCUGUGAGAGACUUCUGAUAUAGUCCGUGAGAAAAGAACACUCUAUCUAGACAAACCUCAGGAACAUGAAGACAGAAAGUGAGGCUGCUUCUGAGCAGCAAGCACAUGCUGGAGAGGAGGCUGCUCACUCAAGGACAGGAAUGGUCGGUCUUGUGGUUAGAUGCUGACUGACCGUCUGUGCCUUGCUUUGUUCUGCUUUUGGUAUAUAAGCAAGUUCUGAAAUAAACUCUGGGUUCUUUGGCUGUUUCAACAUAACCAGACAGACCUCCCGAUUCUAUCCUGUAUUUUCUGUCUCUGUUCCUUUCAUCUGAUAUUUCCUCAGCCUUGAUGACCCCCGACCCAGGGACCGUAGCUGACUUCAUAGGAGUGGGCUCCUACACUUUCCCUUCUUUUCUUUUUUUAAUAAUUUAUUUUUUAUGUGCAUUGGUGUGAAUGUCUGUAUGAGGGUGUCGGGUCUCCUGAAACUGGAGUUACAGACAGUUGUGAGCUGCCGUGUGGGUGCUGAAAUUGAACCAGGGUCCUCUGCAAGAGCAGUUAAUGUCCUAACUGCUGAGCCAUCUCUCCAGCUGUCCCUUCUUACAGGACUCAGAGGAAGGGGGACGGUUCUACCACAUGUUUGAUGGUAGUCAGUGUUUUCAGGCAGGCCAUCCCUGGGAGGGGAGAAGAGCAAGACUCUAGAAAAACAAGUGAAUAGAGGACCUUCAGGUACUGGCAUGCCCCGGGGAACAUUCUUUAAAAAAAAAAAUUUAUUAUGUAUAUAGUAUUCUGCCUGUUUGUAUGCCUGCAGGCCAGAAGAGGGCACCUAGACCUCAUUACAGAUGGUUGUAAGCCACCAUGUGGUUGCUGGGAAUUGAACUCAGGACCUUUGGAAGAGCAGGCAAUGCUCUUAACCACUGAGCCAUCUCUCCAGCCCCCGGGGAACAUUCUUGAGAAUUUUUAUUAGCCAGGUGAAAGAGGAGCACACUUAAGAUUUUAGCAGUUCUUUCCUGCUGGGCAAAGGUGAAAUCCUCAUCAGCGGAACCUUGGGACAGUCUCUAGCAUGCUAAUAUCUAGCUACCUAACAUUUUCCCCUCAAGAGUCAAGACCAUAAAAAUCAUUUAAGUUAUUAUAAUGGACAGUGAGUCACCCUGUCCUCUUCCAGCUAAAAAUGGAACAUAGAUGUGUUUCAUCUCCGUUCUUGCUGUCAGGCAUUGCAGGCCAACCAAGAGAUCCAGACAGAUGAGAGUAGUUGUCACAGGAUGGCGUGAGUGUGGAUGGGCCGUUCUGAGGGACUGAGACGUGGUACUUGUUUAAUCUUAGUCUGCCCAGGGGGCCUGCAAGUGGAGGUAUGGUGGGUUUCUCACUGAGAAGCAAGACUGGUUCCUAAGCCAGUGUUUUUAGAGGCAGGCACUGGCUGGGCAGCAAGUGUUCACUUCCACCCAGCUUGGGCAAGGAGAUGGAAAGUGAGGGGGUCUCCAAAGAAAGAAAAACUGGUGUCCCCUGAGAAGCUGGGACUGAACACAGCAGGGAGGAGAGCCGGGAAAGAAAGCAGGCUGAUACUUCACACCGGCAAGAGCUGGAGCAGAUGCCAGCUGGAGUAGAGGGAGUCGUUUUGUUUUCGUUUAUAACAAGAUUGACAGUUUUCAAGGCAGAAAAAGCUGCAAUGUAGGAACCCUGUACAUUGCUGUCCUACUGUGUGAAGUUAUCCACAUGUGUAUAGUUUGAACUCACUAAGAAGUUUUGACAAAUUAAUCAGAUCCAGUUGAAUCCUCUAACUCACUUCCUGGUGUGUGAAAAAUUUCACAAAGAUAAACCAAGGGAAAAUAAGUGACCUCAGAUUAAAGGUAAUAGGUUCUGAUCCAAGCACAGGAGACAUUCUGACCCAGUAUUGGGAUUUUCAAAAAAGUUCACUGACUUCCAGAAGGCCCGACAAUGGUUAGUUAGUGUACACACCUUAAACCCCAGCACUCAAGAGGUGGAGGCAGGAAGAUCUCUGAGUUGGAGGCCAAGCUGGUCUACAGAGUGAGUUCCAAGACAGUCAGGGCUACCCAGAGAAACCCCAUCUCUAUAAAAAGCAUCAAUAAAAAGCCACUAAUGCUCAGAGAGGACAGACAGCCGCACAGCGAGGGCUCUGAGGAGAGUUCAGGCCCGAUGGUACAUUUAACCCUGGAGAAGCCCCGCUCUCGCACGGGUAUAUUAGCUUCUGAAUAUUUGCCGAUGCUAACUUUUAGUUUAUUUUGUUCUGAGUUUGGGGGACAGGGCCACACUGUAUAAACUAGGCUGGCUUUGAGCUUCUGUCUCAGCCUCCCAGGUACUGGAGUUACACCCAACUUUGGAGUGCUACUUUUUUAAAAAAAAUAUAUAGUAUAUUUAUUGUGUGUGCACAUGUGUACACGUGUACAUUCCUGGGUGUAUGUAUGUGCACCACAUGUGUUCAGGAGACGACAGAGAUCAGAAGAGGGUCUCAGAUCCCUUGGAACUGGAAUUAUAGGAAACUCUGGGCUAUGUGUGGGUGCUGGAAACUAAGCCUGCAUCCUAGAAGAGCAGCCAGUGCUCUUAAUGCUGAGCCAUCUCUCCAACCUCCCAAAAUGGUACUUUCUUUUUAGUUUUUAGUUUUCUGUGCAUUGGUGUUCUGUCUGCAUGUGUGUCUGUGAGGGUAUCAGUUCUUGGAGUUACAGUUGUGAUCUGCCAUGUGGGUGCUAGGAUUUGAACUCAGGUUAGGGGAGAUUCAAGAGAAAAGGAAUUAGCGGAAACACAGAUUAAUUUACUAUUUGGAGGGACUGACUCUGAGUCCUAUGACAAAUGGGAUUGCUGCAGUAGGGCUGUAGAGCCCAGGAGGCUCUCUGGAUUGUGUGCUCCUUAGUGGGGGAAAUGAAUGGGGGUGAUGGAGGAGUCAGAUUUUAACUGAAGGUUUAGGUCACUCUACUUGUAAACCUAAGGACAUGGAUAGCCCUUUAAUGUCCUGAGAGCCCCAGAGUGUGCACAAUAAUUAGUAAAGUGGUACAGGACACAUUGUCGCAUUAGGGUAUAACUCCUGUCCCAUUACGACAUAAUGGCUGCCGGGAACUCGGCAUGUUCUGUCUUGUUUUGUGUUUAUAUAUUACCUAUGUUUUUUAAUUUUUUAAAAAUAUUCUAUGUACAUAUUUUUAGAAGCUAGUUUUAGAACUGUGGGGAGGGUUUUUGGUUUUUAUAGAUGGCCUAUAGGUUCUGAGUAGCCAGAGAGAAAGCUGACAAUUACAGUUUAUUGCCUGGUGAUUGAAAAUUUAGCCUCCAAUCCUUGGUAUGAAAUGUGAUUGGCCUCUUAGCAGUGAGUGCGAUGUUAGGCUUCAUCAGCAGAGGGUGCAAGAGGGACCCUGAUGGAAGGGAGCGUCUGUUGGUCCGACUGCAGCAUUUUGCUUUUCUUGCUCUAUGACCAUUAGGACCAUUAGUAGACGUGUGUGUGGGACACUCAGUGCUGCCCAGCGCCAGCAGUGCCCCAGGCAAUGCAGUCUUUUCCUUAUGCGAGCACAGUGGGCUCCUGUGUGUGGGAGCUGGGCAGAGAGAGGUGCCUGCUGCACAGACAUGGUCUAACUGACUGAAGUCUGCCUGGCUUCUACUUCCAGUCCCAGCUGUGUAGAAAGCCUUUGUAGCUCCUGGUGUGUUUUUGAGUUCCACAGCUCCCAUUCCUCACUCCUCGAGCCUCCCCACUCAGUUCUCUAGAGCCAGGAAUGCUGUUCCGCUCAGACUAGGUGAGAGGGUGGAGGGAGUGCCAGGACCUCCAGAUUCCCACUUCCCUGUUCCCUGUUGAUGCCACAGGAUGAAGGACAGCAGUGCAGCCACUGUUAACUGCCAAACUUGGCCUUGCUGUAAGAUGCUGGAACUGAAGACAGUGGAAAGCCAGAAGAGGAGGAAAGAAGACGUUUGCAUUUAAAGACAUGGACAAGGGCUUGCAUUUCACAGAAGUGGUCAUCUACUUCUGUCGAGAGGAAUGGAAGUGCUUGCACCCUUCCCACCGGAAUUUGUACCAGGAUGUGAUGUUGGAGACGUACAGCAACCUGAUCUCACUAGGUAUUGCUGACACUAAGCCGAGUGUGAUCUCCCUCUUAGAGCAGGGGAAAGAGCCCUGGAUGGUGAUGAGGAAUGAGACGAAAGAAUGGCAUCCCGAUUGGGUGUCUAGAAGAGAAGGCAAGAACUUCCUUCCAGAGGAUGGCUACAGAAUGAGAUCAUUGCAACAAAAGGCGGCAAAAAACCGUGCCCAGCCCAGCCUUGAGAACAACAGGGGUCACAGAGAGGUCACAGGCCAGCUGGAGAUGCAGCAGGACCAUCAGGAGGGACAUUUGAAACAAGCUGUGGUGAGCUCUGUCAGGAGGCCUAGUUCCUUCCAGUGCACAGCCCAUAAAAAAGCUCACUCUGGAGAAAAACCCCAUGAAUGUAAGAAAUGUAAGAAAACGUUCGUGUGCCGGCCGUGUCUCACUGAACACGAGCAAGUGCACAAUAAGGGAAAAGGCACCAAGUGUGCACAGUGUGGGGAAGUCUUUAGCUGUAGGUCAGACUUGACUAUGCACCAAAGACUUCAUGAAAGCAAAAAAAGCAAUGAAAAUAAGAAAAGUGUCCUUAAUUGUGGUUCUGACAUUUCGAAACCUCAGAGUACUCACAGUAGUGAGAAACCUCACAAGUGUAAGGAAUGCGGGAAAGGUUUCCAUUCUACCUCACAGCUCAGUCACCAUCAGAAGCUGCAUAUAGGUGAGAAGCCCUACAAGUGUAAGGAGUGUGGGAAAGCGUUUCCAUCUGUCGCACAGCUCAGUCUUCACCAGAGAGUUCACACUGACGAGAAGUGCUUUGAGUGCAAGGAAUGUGGGAAAGCCUUCACCCGGCCCUCACAUCUCCUUCGGCACCAGCGAAUCCACACUGGUGAGAAGCCGCACAUGUGUAAGGAAUGCGGGAAGGCCUUCCGUUACGACACUCAGCUUAGUCUUCAUCAGCUCACUCACGCCGGGGCGAGACGCUAUGAGUGUAAGGACUGUGACAAGGUGUACAGUUGUGCCUCACAGCUCACUCUGCAACAGAUGGUUCACACCGGGGAGAAGCCCCACAAGUGUAAAGAGUGUGGGAAGGGCUUUAUCUCUGAUUCACAUCUUCUUCGACAUCAGAGUGUCCACACUGGUGAGAAGCCCUAUAAGUGUAAGGAAUGCGGCAAGGGCUUUCGUCGUGGCACAGAGCUGGCCCGACAUCAGAGAGCCCAUGCUGGUGAUAAACCCUAUAAAUGUAAGGAAUGUGGAAAGUCCUUUACUUGUACCACAGAACUCCUUAGACAUCAGAAAGUUCACACUGGUGAGAGACCCCACAAAUGUAAGGAGUGUGGGAAGGCUUUCAUUCGAAGAUCAGAACUAACACAUCAUGAAAGAAGCCACAGUGGUGAAAAACCCUAUGAGUGUAAGGAGUGCGGGAAGACCUUUGGCCGCGGCUCAGAACUUAGUCGACACCUGAAAAUCCAUACUGGGGAGAAGCCCUAUAAGUGUAAGCAGUGUGGGAAAGCCUUCAUUCGUAGCUCUCACCUUACCCAACAUCAGAGAAUUCACACAGGGCAGAGGAGUGAAUGAGGAAACGCUGCC